AUGUCAUUAAUAAUCUAUGUCGCGCACUCGGGCAACAAAAUCGUCGCCGAGCCGACUAAGAUCAACAACCUCGACGCUCUCCGCGCCUGGGUCCACCACACCGCUCACAUCCCCGUAAACAAACAGGUCUUGCUGACCGCAAAGGGCAAGGCCGUGAGACCUCAGACACUGCUCACCGAGUCCGAGCUCUACGUCUUCGACUCCAGUUCCUUCUCUCCCACCAACACAAACCUCUCGCUCAUCCCGGACCCGUCUCCUCUGAACCCUGACACGGCUCCCGACUCGAUCGCCAAUCACGACCAGCUCCCGUCAUGGCACGAUCUGUUCCGUCGCCGUCUCGACUGGGCAAGAACUCUGCGCGAUCAGUAUGCCGACUCAGUCGACAGCACACAGCGACAUCAUCAAGAGCAAGCCAUCAUCGAGCAGAGUGUCAACGUCGCCGUCACGAGCCUGCAGCUCCACGUUCGUUCUACAGAGCAGAAAUACCACCAGGAGGAAGAGUGGCUUGAUAGAUUGCUUAAGCAGCAGGAAGCACACGUCGACAGCUGGGAAAGAGACCUUGAAAUUCUACACCACAUCCCAGCCAACCAAGACUUUGCUCGAUACAUCCAAUCUCAGACUGUUGUACCCUUGCACCAGUUCGGAUACGAGUCUACUGUCACUCUGCAACACUUCGUUCAAGUCGAACACGUCAAACAGGCCGCCUCAUCGGCCCAGAAUAUCAUGACCAACUUUGCACAAAGAGUCCACAACAUCCAGCAGUCUCUUGACACAACGGCGAAAGAUGGCGAUGCUCUCCUUGAAGCUGUUCAGACCGUUCAUCUUAGUCGCAUCGACAAUACAGAUGAGCCAUCUAAGCUCCUCGAAGAGGUCGAUAUCAUUGUAAACAAAAUGUCCAACGACUUGGAACAUGUAAGAUCCUUGCCGAACAACGCCCAGAGUGCUGCCAGGGCUUCCAAAAUGGCUCUGCUGCAUACUAGAAACUAUCUGCCUAGUCUAGAUGGUUUAUGCCUCGAACUCAAUUCAUUGGUUCGUCAGACAGUCCAGCAACGUAACGGCGCUGCUCGAAACUUCCUACAUCACAUGCAGACUCUCUCCAACAUCGAGUCUCGCUUGGCUCAAGUUCAUUCGAACCUCAAGACUCUGAGUAUAUCGCAGAGUGACGAGCAUGUCUUUGACACACUCAACGUCCUGUCUAAGCUCCCAUUCGUCUAUGGCUCUCUCAUGAUCGAAGCUGUGCGUCGUCGCGAAUGGGCUGACAAGAUGAAGUCCGACUCCGCUACACUCGCCGAAGAGAUGGCUACUUAUCAGGAAGAGGAAGAGCGUCGUCGGACUAAAUGGCUGAAGUCCGUUGAUGAUGUCGUCAAAACUGAAGCUUUCGAAGGAAAACCUCUGAGUGUCGAAGUCAAUCUCCAGGCAGAUGACCUCGAGUGGCCUGUCGUCGAGAGACAGUCUUUGCAAGACUACAUUCAGAUAUUGACUGACCUUGAGUUUCCCAGCUCUACCGUACAGACCCUUUCAACUGCACUGAAGGAUCUCGAUCGUCCUACCAAGAAGCAGAUCAAGCACGCCAAAACAUUCAAGAAUGGAAGCAUGCACGAAGCUGCUUUUGGGACUACAUCUCUCAUGCUUCGUGGUGAGGACGAGUACAAGGUCCUCAGAGAAGCAAACAGCAAGCUAGAAGAAGAGAUCAGAGGACAGAAAAGCCGAGUGCGAAAGCUGGAAGACAUCCUUCACCGCCACGCCCACAUGAACCGCGUCACGACGGGCGAUAGUUUCAAACCGUCGAUCGAACUGAUUUCCGACAUGGUCAGCCCAACUCCGCCUUCACCCAGACCCUCGGAGGGAACAGUCAGGCAGACUACUAGCUCGAGACGUCCGUCCUCGAGUCUGGCCGCAGAAGAAGGUAGACUUGCAAAACGCAUAGUGUCGCUCGAAGCCGAACUUCACGCUGCCAAGGAGCAAAACUCGAAUCUCGCAAAAGACGCCGAAACCAGAAAGCAGAAGGAUGCCGAUGGCCAGCGCGAGAUUGAAGAAGCUGUCUCGACCAAAAAGGAUAUCAUGCAGAACAUGGAAGCUCAGCAAAGAGAGUUUGCGGAUGAACGCAGGGUCUUAGAGCAAGACCUUGACCAAGCACGCCACAGGAUCGAAGAGCUCGAGGACGAGAUCGACAGAUUGUUGGGUAGUCGUGAUCAAGAGGUUUCUGGUAUCGAUGCUAGGGCCAAAACGCUGGAAGCCGAAAUUGAGAAGAUCAAGCAAACGGCGGAGGAAGCUCAGUCGAGGCAUCACGCCGAUCUCGAAGAUACCAAAUCCUCUUUGAAGAAACAGCAGGAAGAGAACCAAAGAUUGAAGGAGCAACUUCAAGCUCUCGAGAAGAACCAUGAAGAGCAACAGCAGUACGAAUCGGAAAACGUCCGAGUUCUCAAAAACACUCACAAGCAUCUUUCACCAGAAUCUUCGCCUCCCGAGAAAUUUGUAGAUCUGGUUACUGCUUUAGAAGGCCUCGCACAGAAGUCAACGGAUCAUGCUAGAGAGUUGAGUGACGCCAUCGCACUCGCAAGGUCCGAAUCAGAUUCGCUCCGGUCACAAGGCAACACUCAAAGAAUUGAACUCAAGACUGCCAAAGCAAAGCAGGCUGUCAACGAAACCGAGCUCAUUCGCUUACAAGACGAGAUGGAGGCAGAAAAAGCGCAUGCCGAGUCGCUAGCAAAGUGCCUCGAAGACGAACGCGAGCAGUUGCGCAAGCUUCGCUCAAAGUUCGCCGACGGAGAGACUGGCGCAGAUGUACUUCGCCAGCGUGUCUCAGAGGAAGAAGGUAGAGUCAUUCAACUCUCGGAACAGCUCUCGGAUGCUCAGACCCAUGCCGCCGGUCUCGAUGUGGAGAUCAUGAGGGUACAGAAGCAGUUCAAUGAUGCGAGAUCCACAGCAGCCUCUGUGGAAGAACAACUCAAACAGCGUGGUACUCGGGCAAAGGAGAUCGCGCAACGCCUGUAUGCUCAAAAUGCACGUCUUCUGCGUCUACUUGAAGCUCUAGGCUUUGUCGUUGCCCACAAAGAUGGCAACAUGAUCAUCGAGCGGGCUUCGAAGGUCACCGCCAGCACCACUUUCGACCCGACUUCAAGUCUCACUCGCGCGAUAUCGAUGUCAUCACCACCUCCGACACGUAAGACGUCUGCGGCUUCUGAUGAUGCUUCGUCGCUCGCCUUCCUGCACUGGACCGAGGCUAGCAAUGCAGCUGAGGAAGAGUCGCAGUAUGCUGACUACAUAAAUCACAUAUCACUCUUCAGCACCGAUAUUUUCAGCGAGGCCAUUGGUAAACGCCUCCGCGAUUUCGAGUACACGGCUCGCAAAUGGCAGAAGGAGGCACGUGGAUACAAGGAGAAGAAUACGCGCUUGCAGGCCGAAUCAGCUGCCAAGAUUGCGGUUAGAGACUUUAAGGAAGGAGACCUUGCCUUGUUCUUGCCAACCAAAGGUCAGCGCACCGGCGCGUGGGCCGCAUUCAACAUCAAUGCUCCACAUCACUUCCUGCGUGAACGUGAAGGCAUGGUUCUCAACCGUCGUGAAUGGCUCGUCGCUCGCAUAUCAAAAAUCGAAGAGCGUGUCGUUGACUUAUCGAAACCAGCCGCAUCGUUCGAUGGACGCAGUAUUGGUUCAACCAGCGUUGACGCCGCUUCCCUGGAUGAGAUGAACGACAACCCUUUCGACCUCUCUGACGGACUGACAUGGUAUCUAGUACAUGCUUCCGAAGACAAGCCCGGUGCUCCCAGCACACCUGGUCUAGGCAAGAGCACCGUCGCCAGUUCAUCCGUUGAUGCUAGAGGCAGCAUACGCAUGAAGAAACCGAGCGAUCUCAGCGAAGCAGCAAAGACACUUAACAAGAGUCUGGACAGCCGGCGCAGCAGCUCAAACUCCAAAAAGGGACUCACGGCAGGCUUCCUUGGUGAAUCCGUGAGAAGAGGGGAAAGUGGGAAUGGUGUUGCGGAUGAGUCGUUGAGAAGAAAGGCCAGUGAGAGGGGGUUGGGUAUUGAGUCUUCUACUGCUGCUACUGCUGCCACUUCGCCACAGCUGGAGCAAGAGCAACAGCAACAAUCUCAGGUGCGCAAAGAUUUGCUUUGGGGUCCUUGA